UAAAAAUUUAAUAACUACAGUCAAUUUUAUAUUACACCUUAAUUUUAGAUAAAAAAAUUAAAUUUAUUUUUGUGAUAGUUUAUAAUGAAUUUAUGUAUUGACUGAUUUUUCUAACUUAUACAGUUUUAUAAAGUAACUAUUUAAAAUAAAAACUAUAUAAUAAAAGAAGUCAUCUAUUUUGUAUAUACAGUUCUAUCAGUUAUUACCAAUAUGUCAACUUUAACUGAUGAACAGCGUAAAAUGAUUGAAGAAAACAAAAAGGCAGCCCAAGCUAAACUAGCUGCAAAGUUUAGCCAAAAAAAUAAUUUUUUAUCAACUAAUAAUUCACUACCAGGUCUUUCCAAUAUCAAUACUCAGUUACAGCCAAAUAAAUUAAAUCGUUAUAAACCAUUAAAUGUGGGAUUGGUAUUAUCUCCAUCACCAAAAGCUAAAGCAAUGCAUAUAAACUAUAAUGUAAAUAAUGAAAAAUCUAAGGUUACUACUAAUUCUAAAACUGUAAGAGGCUCUUGUGAAAUAACUUCAAAAGAACGAUUCAUAGUUCAUGUUAUAUAUCAUCAACAACUCAUUGAAAUUUUUAAAACGAUUCCCAGUAAAUCAUAUGAUCCAAAAUCAUCUCAGUGGUCUUUUUUAAUUAAAGAUCAUGAUUUGGUUAUGCAAAGUAUAAAAUGUCUUGAGCCAACUGUAAAAAUAGAAAAGUUACCAUACUCUAUUUUAAAGAUGAUAAAAGAAAAUAAUUUGAAGGAACAAGAUAUUUCAAAAAUUGAUUUAAGUUGUUUAAAUGCAGAAAUGCUUAAUAAUAUAUACCCAUUUCAAAAAACUGGAAUCCAAUUUGGAGUAUCAAAAAAUGGACGAUGCAUUAUAGCAGAUGAUAUGGGAUUAGGAAAAACAAUACAAGCUAUUGGUAUUGCUAUGUAUUAUUCAGAUAAUUUUCCUUUACUUAUUGUGUGUCCUUCAAGUAUGAGGUAUACUUGGGAAGAAGAAAUUCGUAUUAGAAUGCCAAAUAUACCUAUUCCAAGUAUUUAUGUGCUGUCCAAAGCUAAUGAACAUAUUAUUAAUCCAGCUGUAGUAAUAACUUCUUAUGAUUUGAUGACCAAAACUAAAGAUUUACUUAUGAGAUUAAAAUUUGGAGUUAUUAUUUUGGAUGAAAGCCAUAGCUUAAAAAAUGAAAAAACUGCUCGGACCCAAGUAUCUCUUGCAUUAGCUAUGCAAUCUAAUCGAUGUAUAUUGUUGAGUGGUACACCGGCUUUAUCCAGGCCUAUGGAACUAUAUUCUCAGAUAAAGGCUGUUACACGUUCUAAUUUUAUGACUCCAAUUGAAUAUGGUAAACGUUACUGUAAUGGUCAAGAAGCAAAAUAUGGUUGGGAUUUUAGUGGAUCAUCAAACAUGAAAGAGCUAAAAGUAUUACUCGAGACUCAAUUUAUGAUUCGUCGUCUAAAAACCGAUGUUUUAAAACAGUUACCUCAAAAAGUCAGAAAUGUUGUUAUUUUAGACUCUUGUCAUUUAAAAAAUCGUACAGAGAAUAUGGACAAUUUGGAGGGAAUGUUAAAUGAUAAAUCUUUAAGGAAAAUGCAAGUUCGUGGUGCUUUAUUAGAAUAUUUUAAUCAUACUGGUGAUGCUAAGUUACCAGCAAUAUGUGAUUACAUUAUAAAUUUAUUAAAAGAAGGUAAAAAAUUUCUGGUAUUUGCUCAUCAUCAAAAAGUAAUGAAUGGUAUUUGCAAGAUUUUAGAGGAAAAUCAAACAUAUUAUAUUCGAAUUGAUGGCAGAACAUCUUCUGAAGAAAGGAAAUCGGUUUGUGAUCAAUUUCAAAGUGAAGAUAAAUUUAGAGUUGCUGUUUUAUCUAUAACGGCAGCCAAUUCUGGUAUCACUUUAACUGCUGCAAAUUUAGUUGUAUUUGCAGAGUUAUUUUGGAAUCCUGGUAUUUUAACCCAAGCUGAAGAUAGAGCCCAUCGUAUUGGUCAAUCAGAAGCUGUAACUAUUCAAUAUUUACUGGCCAAAGGAACAGCAGAUGACCAUUUAUGGCCUUUAAUUCAAUCUAAAUUAAAUGUCUUGAAUAAAGCAGGACUUAGUAAAGAUAACUUCAAAGAUGAUAGUACUACUGUUAUUAAUGAAAAUAAAAAAUCAAGCCAACGGAGUAUAUUAGAUUUUCUAGAUGAUGAUUCAGAUCUUAAUGAAAAUAAUCUCAGAGAAUUGGAUAAUAUUGAGUCUCAAUGUAAAAGGAAAAAAAAGUGCUAAAGUUGUUCUAAAAUUUUUACUAUAUCUGUUCAAAUUUUUAUGUUAUAAAAGUCUGAGUUUUUAGGUAAUA